AGAUGAUCCAGAUCCGACUCGUCUCCCAGUCUCUCCAGAGAUGAUCCAGAUCCUGACUAGUCUCCCAGUCUCUCCAGAGAUGAUCCAGAUCCUGACUAGUCUCCCAGUCUCUCCAGAGAUUACCCAGAUCCUGACUAGUCUCCCAGCCUCUCCAGAGAUGAUCCAGAUCCUGACUAGUCUCCCAGUCUCUCCAGAGAUGAUCCAGAUCCUGACUAGUCUCCCAGUCUCUCCAGAGAUGAUCCAGAUCCUGACUAGUCUCCCAGUCUCUACAGAGAUGAUCCAGAUCCUGACUAGUCUCCCAGUCUCUCCAGAGAUUACCCAGAUCCUGACUAGUCUCCCAGCCUCUCCAGAGAUGAUCCAGAUCCUGACUAGUCUCCCAGUCUCUCCAGAGAUGAUCCAGAUCCUGACUAGUCUCCCAGUCUCUCCAGAGAUGAUCCAGAUCCUGACUAGUCUCCCAGUCUCUCCAGAGAUGAUCCAGAUCCUGACUAGUCUCCCAGUCUCUCCAGAGAUGAUCCAGAUCCUGACUAGUCUCCCAGUCUCUCCAGAGACCUGUUCUUAUUGUCCUCAAAUAGGUUGGAAAAAUAGGCUGAUCGAGCAGCAGUGAGGGCUCUUUGAUAUUGCUCUGUACUGUCUAUCCAAGCUAGUAGGAAGACUUCCAGUUUGGUGGAGCGCCAUUUCCGUUCCAAUUUUCUGGAGGCUUGCUUCAGGGCUCGGGUAUUCUCUGUAUACCAGGGAGCUAGUUUCUUGUGACAAAUGUUUUUUGUUUUUAGGGGUGCGACUGCAUCUAGGGUAUUACGCAAGGUUACAUUUAGAUCCUCAGUUAGGUGGUUAACUGAUGUUUGUACUCUGACGUCCUUGAGUAGGUGGAGGGAGUCUGGAAGGGCCUCUAGGGACCUUUGGGUUGUCCAAGGAUUUAUAGCACGGCUUAUGAUGGUCCUUGGUUGGGGUCUGAGCAGAAUAUUUGUUGCGAUUGCAAACAUUUACAUUUUUACAUUUUAGUCAUUUAGCAGACGCUCUUAUCCAGAGCGACUUACAGUUAGUGUGUGUGGUAAUAAGAUGGUGGUCCGAUAGUCCAGGAUUAUGAGGAAAAAUAUUUAGAUCCACAAUAUUUAUUCCACGGGACAAAACUAGAUCCAAGGUAUGACUGUGGCAAUGAGUAGGUCCGGAGACAUGUUGGACAGAACCCACUGAGUCGAUGAUGGCUCCGAAAGCCUUUUGGAGUGGGUCUGUUGACUUCUCCAUGUGAAUAUUAAAGUCACCAAAAAUUAGAAUAUUAUCUGCCAUGACUACAAGGUCCUAUAGGAAUUCAGGGAACUCAGUGAGGAACUCUGUAUACGGCCCAGGGGGGUAAAUUGACAUUUGCCAUCAUAAAUGUUAACAACACCUCCGACUUUGCGGGAUGCGAGGGGGAUAUGGUCACUAGUGUAACCAGGAGGAGAGGCCUCAUUUAACACAGUAAAUUCAUCAGGCUUAAGCCAUGUUUCAGUCAGGCCAAUCAUAUCAAGAUUCGGAUCAGUGAUUAGUUCAUUGACCAUAACUGCCUUGGAAGUGAGGGAUCUAACAUUAAGUAGCCCUAUUUUGAGAUGUGAGAUAUCACAAUCUCUUUCAAUAAUGACAGGAAUGGAGGAGGUCUUUAUUCCAGUGAGAUUGCUAAGGCAAACACCAGCAUGGCACAGACACGGUCUCAAUGGGGAUAGCUGAGCUGACUACCCUGACUGUGCUAGUGGCAGACUCCACUAAGCUGGCCGGCUGGCUAACAGCCUGCUGCCUGGCCUGCACCCUGUAUCAUUGGGCUGGCUAACAGCCUGCUGCCUGGCCUGCACCCUGUCUCAUUGGGCUGGCUAACAGCCUGCUGCCUGGCCUGCACCCUGUCUCAUUGGGCUGGCUAACAGCCUGCUGCCUUGCCUGCACCCUGUCUCAUUGGGCUGGCUAACAGCCUGCUGCCUGGCCUGCACCCUGUCUCAUUGGGGCUGGCUAACAGCCUGCUGCCUGGCCUGCACCCUGUCUCAUUGGGCUGGCUAACAGCCUGCUGCCUGGCCUGCACCCUGUCUCAUUGGGCUGGCUAACAGCCUGCUGCCUGGCCUGCACCCUGUCUCAUUGGGCUGGCUAACAGCCUGCUGCCUGGCCUGCACCCUGUCUCAUUGGGGAGGCUAACAGCCUGCUGCCUGGCCUGCACCCUGUCUCAUUGUGGAGGCUAACAGCCUGCUGCCUGGCCUGCACCCUGUCUCAUUGGGGAGGCUAACAGCCUGCUGCCUGGCCUGCACCCUGUCUCAUUGGGGAGGCUAACAGCCUGCUGCCUGGCCUGAACCCUGUCUCAUUGGGCUGGCUAACAGCCUGCUGCCUGGCCUGCACCCUGUCUCAUUGGGCUGGCUAACAGCCUGCUGCCUGGCCUGCACCCUGUCUCAUUGGGGAGGCUAACAGCCUGCUGCCUGGCCUGCACCCUGUCUCAUUGGGCUGGCUAACAGCCUGCUGCCUGGCCUGCACCCUGUCUCAUUGGGGAGGCUAACAGCCUGCUGCUGGCCUGCACCCUGUCUCAUUGGGCUGGCUAACAGCCUGCUGCCUGGCCUGCCACCCUGUCUCAUUGGGGAGGCUAACAGCCUGCUGCCUGGCCUGCACCCUGUCUCAUUGGGGAGGCUAACAGCCUGCUGCCUGGCCUGCACCCCUGUCUCAUUGGGCUGGCUAACAGCCUGCUGCCUGGCCUGCACCCUGUCUCAUUGGGCUGGCUAACAGCCUGCUGCCUGGCCUGCACCCUGUCUCAUUGGGCUGGCUAACAGCCUGCUGCCUGGCCUGCACCCUGUCUCAUUGGGCUGGCUAACAGCCUGCUGCCUGGCCUGCACCCUGUCUCAUUGGGCUGGCUAACAGCCUGCUGCCUGGCCUGCACCCUGUCUCAUUGGGCUGGCUAACAGCCUGCUGCCUGGCCUGCACCCUGUCUCAUUGGGCUGGCUAACAGCCUGCUGCCUGGCCUGCACCCUGUCUCAUUGGGGAGGCUAACAGCCUGCUGCCUGGCCUGCACCCUGUCUCAUUGGGCUGGCUAACAGCCUGCUGCCUGGCCUGCACCCUGUCUCAUUGGGGAGGCUAACAGCCUGCUGCCUGGCCUGCACCCUGUCUCAUUGGGCUGGCUAACAGCCUGCUGCCUGGCCUGCACCCUGUCUCAUUGGGGAGGCUAACAGCCUGCUGCCUGGCCUGCACCCUGUCUCAUUGGGGAGGCUAACAGCCUGCUGCCUGGCCUGCACCCUGUCUCAUUGGGCUGGCUAACAGCCUGCUGCCUGGCCUGCACCCUGUCUCAUUGGGCUGGCUAACAGCCUGCUGCCUGGCCUGCACCCUGUCUCAUUGGGGAGGCUAACAGCCUGCUGCCUGGCCUGCACCCUGUCUCAUUGGGCUGGCUAACAGCCUGCUGUCUGGCCUGCACCCUGUCUCAUUGGGGAGGCUAACAGCCUGCUGCCUGGCCUGCACCCUGUCUCAUUGGGGAGGCUAACAGCCUGCUGCCUGGCCUGCACCCUGUCUCAUUGUGGAGCUAGAGGAGUUAGAGCCCUGUCUAUGUUGGUAGAUAAGAUGAGAGCACCCCUCCAGCUAGGAUGGAGUCCAUCACUCCUCAGCAGGCCAGGCUUGGUCCUGUAACACCCCUCCAGCUAGGAUGGAGUCCAUCACUCCUCAGCAGGCCAGGCUUGGUCCUGUAGCACCCCUCCAGCUAGGAUGGAGUCCAUCACUCCUCAGCAGGCCAGGCUUGGUCCUGUAACACCCCUCCAGCUAGGAUGGAGUCCAUCACUCCUCAGCAGGCCAGGCUUGGUUCCUGUAGCACCCCUCCAGCUAGGAUGGAGUCCAUCACUCCUCAGCAGGCCAGGCUUGGUCCUGUAGCACCCCUCCAGCUAGGAUGGAGUCCAUCACUCCUCAGCAGGCCAGGCUUGGUCCUGUAACACCCCUCCAUCUAGGAUGGAGUCCGUCACUCCUCAGCAGGCCAGGCUUGGUCCUGUAGAACCCCCCUCACCCCUCCAGGGUCCAUCACUCCUCAGCAGGCCAGGAUUGGUCCUGUAGCACCCCUCCAGCUAGGAUGGAGUCCCGUCACUCCUCAAGCAGGCCAGGCUUGGUCCUGUAGCACCCCUCCAGCUAGGAUGGAGUCCAUCACUCCUUAGCAGGCCAGGCUUGGUCCUGUAGCACCCCUCCAGGGUCCAUCACUCCUCAGCAGGCCAGGCUUGGUCCUGUAGCACCCCUCCAGCUAGGAUGGAGUCCAUCACUCCUCAGCAGGCCAGGCUUGGUCCUGUAGCACCCCUCCAGCUAGGAUGGAGUCCAUCACUCCUCAGCAGGCCAGGCUUGGUCCUGUAGCACCCCUCCAGCUAGGAUGGAGUCCAUCACUCCUCAGCAGGCCAGGCUUGGUCCUGUAGCACCCCUCCAGCUAUGAUGGAGUCCAUCACUCCUCAGCAGGCCAGGCUUGGUCCUGUAGCACCCCUCCAUCUAGGAUGGAGUCCAUCACUCCUCAGCAGGCCAAGCUUGGUCCUGUAGCACCCCUCCAGCUAGGAUGGAGUCCAUCACUCCUCAGCAGGCCAGGCUUGGUCCUGUAACACCCCUCCAUCUAGGAUGGAGUCCGUCACUCCUCAGCAGGCCAGGCUUGGUCCUGUAGCACCCCUCCAGCUAGGAUGGAGUCCAUCACUCCUCAGCAGGCCAGGCUUGGUCCUGUAGCACCCCUCCAGCUAGGAUGGAGUCCGUCACUCCUUAGCAGGCCAGGCUUGGUCCUGUAGCACCCCUCCAGGGUCCAUCACUCCUCAGCAGGCCAGGCUUGGUCCUGUAACACCCCUCCAGCUAGGAUGGAGUCCAUCACUCCUCAGCAGGCCAGGCUUGGUCCUGUAGCACCCCUCCAGCUAGGAUGGAGUCCAUCACUCCUCAGCAGGCCAGGCUUGGUCCUGUAACACCCUUCCAGAUAGGAUGGAGUCCGUCACUCCUCAGCAGGCCAGGCUUGGUCCUGUAACACCCCUCCAGGGUCCAUCACUCCUCAGCAGGCCAGGCUUGGUCCUGUAGCACCCCUCCAGCUAGGAUGGAGUCCGUCACUCCUUAGCAGGCCAGGCUUGGUCCUGUAGCACCCCUCCAGGGUCCAUCACUCCUCAGCAGGCCAGGCUUGGUCCUGUAACACCCCUCCAGCUAGGAUGGAGUCCAUCACUCCUCAGCAGGCCAGGCUUGGUCCUGUAGCACCCCUCCAGCUAGGAUGGAGUCCAUCACUCCUCAGCAGGCCAGGCUUGGUCCUGUAGCACCCCUCCAGCUAGGAUGGAGUCCGUCACUCCUCAGCAGGCCAGGCUUGGUCCUGUAACACCCCUCCAUCUAGGAUGGAGUCCAUCACUCCUCAGCAGGCCAGGCUUGGUCCUGUAGCACCCCUCCAUCUAGGAUGGAGUCCAUCACUCCUCAGCAGGCCAGGCUUGGUCCUGUAGCACCCCUCCAUCUAGGAUGGAGUCCAUCACUCCUCAGCAGGCCAGGCUUGGUCCUGUAACACCCCUCCAGCUAGGAUGGAGUCCAUCACUCCUCAGCAGGCCAGGCUUGGUCCUGUAGCACCCCUCCAGCUAGGAUGGAGUCCGUCACUCCUCAGCAGGCCAGGCUUGGUCCUGUAGCACCCCUCCAGCUAGGAUGGAGUCCAUCACUCCUCAGCAGGCCAGGCUUGGUCCUGUAGCACCCCUCCAGCUAGGAUGGAGUCCAUCACUCCUCAGCAGGCCAGGCUUGGUCCUGUAACACCCCUCCAGCUAGGAUGGAGUCCAUCACUCCUCAGCAGGCCAGGCUUGGUCCUGUAGCACCCCUCCAGGGUCCAUCACUCCUCAGCAGGCCAGGCUUGGUCCUGUAACACCCCUCCAGCUAGGAUGGAGUCCAUCACUCCUCAGCAGGCCAGGCUUGGUCCUGUAGCACCCCUCCAGCUAGGAUGGAGUCCAUCACUCCUCAGCAGGCCAGGCUUGGUCCUGGUAACACCCUUCCAGAUAGGAUGGAGUCCGUCACUCCUCAGCAGGCCAGGCUUGGUCCUGUAACACCCCCUCCAGGGUCCAUCACUCCUCAGCAGGCCAGGCUUGGUCCUGUAGCACCCCUCCAGCUAGGAUGGAGUCCGUCACUCCUUAGCAGGCCAGGCCUUGGUCCUGUAGCAACCCCUCCAGGGGCCCAUCACUCCUCAGCAGGCCAGGCUUGGUCCUGUAACACCCCUCCAGCUACGGAUGAGUCCCAUCACUCCUCAGCAGGCCAGGCUUGGUCCUGUAACACCCCUCCAUCUAGGAUGGAGUCCAUCACUCCUCAGCAGGCCAGGCUUGGUCCUGUAGCAACCCCUCCAUCUAGGAUGGAGUCCAUCACUCCUCAGCAGGCCAGGCUUGGUCCUGUAGCACCCCUCCAGCUAGGAUUGGAGUCCAUCACUCCUCAGCAGGCCAGGCUUGGUCCUGUAGCACCCCUCCAGCUAGGAUGGAGUCCAUCACUCCCAGCAGGCCAGGCUUGGUCCUGUAAACACCCCUCAGGCUAGGAUGGAGUCCAUCACUCCUCAGCAGGCCAGGCUUGGUCCUGUAACAGCCCCAUCCUGGCUAGGAUGGAGUCCGGUCACUCCCUCAGCAGGCCACUUGUCAUGUUAGCACCCUCCAGCUAGGAUGAAGUCCAUCACUCCCAGCAGGCCAGGCUUGGUCUUGGUAGCACCCUAACGCUUAGGAUGGCGUCCAUCACUCUCAGCAGGCCCGGCUUGGUCCUGUACACCCAUCCCGCUAGGAUUGGAGCCGUCACUUCACAGCAGGCCAGGCUUGGUCCUGUAGCACCCCUUCCAGUAGGAUGGAGUCCGUCAAUCCUCAGCAGGCCAGCUUGGUCCUGUAACACCCCUCCAGCUGGAUGGAGUCCGUCACUCUCAGCAGGCCAGGAUUGGUCCUGUAGCAACCCUCCCAGCUAGGAUGGAGUCUGUCACCCCAGCAGGCCAGGCUUGUCCUGUAGACACCCCUCCAGCUAGGAUGGGAGUCCAUCACUCCUAAGCAGGCCAGGCUUGGUCCUGUUGUGGGUGAGUCCCAGAAAGAGAGCCAAUUAUCUACAAAUUCUAUUUUUUGGGAGGGGCAGAAAACUGUUUUCAACAUUCAGAGACUUGUCUCGAAGCCACUCCUGCGUCAUCUUGGCUGUGACAUAGGGUCGUUGUCCAGUUGGAAGGUGAACCUCCGGUCAGAGUGACCAUCGGGUUCUUGGUCACCUCCCUGACCAAGGCCCUUCUCCCCCGAUUGCUCAGUUUGGCCGGACGGCCAGCUCUAGGAAGAGUCUUGGUGGUUCCAAACUUCUUCCAUUUAAGAAUGAUGGAGGCCACAGUGUUCUUGGGGACCUUCAAUGCUGCAGACAUUUUGUGGUACCCUUCCCCAAAUCUGUGCCUCGACACAAUCCUGUCUCGGAGCUCUACGGACAAUUCCUUCAACCUCAUGGCUUGGUUUUUGCUCUGACAUGCACUGUCAACUGUGGGACCUUAUAGAGACAGGUGUGUGCCUUUCCAAAUCAUGUCCAAUCAAUUGAAUUUACCACAGGUGGACUCCAAAUCAAGUUGUAGAAACAUCUCAAGAAUGAUCAAUGGGAACAGGAGGCACCUGAGCUCAAUUUCGAGUCUCAUAGCAAAGGAUCUGAAUACUUAUUUAAAUAAGGUAUUUCUGUUUUUAUUUUUAAUACAUUUGCUAAAAUUUAUAAAAACCUGUUUUCGCUUUGUCAUUAUGGGAUAUUGUGUGUAGAUAGAUGAGGAAUAAAAUGUAUUUAAUCCAUUUUAGAAUAAGGCUGUAACGUAACAAAAUGUGGAAAAAGUCAAGGGGUCUGAAUACUUUCCGAAUGCACCACAUAGAAAUGAACACAUCCCCCAGCCCACUGUAUUGGUCCAUUAUAUAGCCUGUUUAAUGAUAUUCUGUUGUUGUUUCCCGUGUCUAGUCCAAGGUUCUGUUCUCCCAGAGUAGCAGUAGCCCUACUCUGUGUCUGUCCAGCGAUGGGUCAGGACCAGACCGGUUGACUACAGGGCUAACCCAGGUGUUGGAUGUAUUGGCCCAGGCUGAGACCACUACAGGGCUAACCCAGGUGCUGGAUGUAUUGGCCCAGGCUGAGACCACUACAGGGCUAACCCAGGUGCUGGAUGUAUUGGCCCAGGCUGAGACCACCCUGCUGUGGCGGCACCAGGAAGUACAGGUCUGUUGAAGACAUGCAUCAGAUCCACUGUUCUAAUAGGCUGUUUGAAGACAGACUCUACCCAGCAGGCCAAGCGUGUUCUAAUGUUGUCAUUUCAACCCAUUUUUCCCCCCUGGGUAGAGAAGAUAUCUAUAUCUGUUUCUGCAUGAUCUAGUUAAGUCCAAACAAGCCACCAGUGUCCAUGUCUCAUCUCCCGCUUCCCUUCAGGAUGCUGCGGCUAGCCUGCGGAGGCUGGGUGAGGAGAGAGCGGCGCUGGAACAGAGAGUCAGACAGCUGGAGACAGACACAGAGGAGAGGCAGACACAGAGCCUGCAUGGAGGACAGGAGCUCACACACACACAGGACAUGUUGCUCAGGUAACACACACAGGACAUGUUGCUCAGGUAACACACACAGGACAUGUUGCUCAGGUAACACACACAGGACGUGUUGCUCAGGUAAGACACACUGGACGUGUUGCUCAGGUAACACACACUGGACGUGUUGCUCAGGUAAGACACGUUGCUCAGGUAAGACACGUUGCUCAGGUAAGACACACUGGACGUGUUGCUCAGGUAAGACACACUGGACGUGUUGCUCAGGUAAGACACGUUGCUCAGGUAAGACACGUUGCUCAGGUAAGACACACUGGACGUGUUGCUCAGGUAAGACACGUUGCUCAGGUAAGACACACUGGACGUGUUGCUCAGGUAAGACACGUUGCUCAGGUAAGACACGUUGCUCAGGUAACACACACUGGACGUGUUGCUCAGGUAACACACAUGUUGCUCAGGUAAGACACACUGGACGUGUUGCUCAGGUAAGACACACUGGACGUGUUGCUCAGGUAACACACACUGGACGUGUUGCUCAGGUAACACACACUGGACGUGUUGCUCAGGUAAGACACGUUGCUCAGGUAAGACACACUGGACGUGUUGCUCAGGUAAGACACGUUGCUCAGGUAAGACACACUGGACGUGUUGCUCAGGUAAGACACGUUGCUCAGGUAAGACACGUUGCUCAGGUAACACACACUGGACGUGUUGCUCAGGUAACACACAUGUUGCUCAGGUAAGACACACUGGACGUGUUGCUCAGGUAAGACACACUGGACGUGUUGCUCAGGUAACACACACUGGACGUGUUGCUCAGGUAACACACACUGGACGUGUUGCUCAGGUAACACACAUGUUGCUCAGGUAAGACACACUGGACAUGUUGCUCAGGUAACACACACUGGACGUGUUGCUCAGGUAAGACACGUUGCUCAGGUAAGACACACUGGACGUGUUGCUCAGGUAAGACACGUUGCUCAGGUAAGACACGUUGCUCAGGUAACACACACUGGACGUGUUGCUCAGGUAACACACAUGUUGCUCAGGUAAGACACACUGGACGUGUUGCUCAGGUAAGACACACUGGACGUGUUGCUCAGGUAACACACACUGGACGUGUUGCUCAGGUAACACACACUGGACGUGUUGCUCAGGUAAGACACGUUGCUCAGGUAAGACACACUGGACGUGUUGCUCAGGUAAGACACGUUGCUCAGGUAAGACACGUUGAUCAGGUAAGACACACUGGACGUGUUGCUCAGGUCUCGGGUGAGGAGGAGGAAGCCUGCUUAUUUAAACCUGAAUUUAGCCAGGUGGGUUGUUGAGAAUAAUAUAUAUUUUACAAUAAUAACCUGUUCCUACUUCUGUUCUGCAGGAUGUCUUGUGUUCUCUCUAGCCUGGUCCCGGAUCUGUUUGUGCUGUCUUGCCAACUCCUGGUCAUUGUCCCAGAGGAGUUGGAAAGACCGCACAAACAGAUGUGGGACCAGGCUCUGUGUUCUCCACGUAUAGUUGACUGGAAAAACGCUGGAGAUUCACCCAUCUAUGUUGCUGUUGCUGUGUCAGUGAGAGAGAGAUGGUGGGCUCCCUGAGGAGCCAGCUGGAGGAAGAAGAGAGACGGAGUGAGGAGAGAAGGAAGGAGAACGAACGACUGAGACGGGAGAGAGAGAGGGAGGUGGAAGAGAGGAAGGAGCUGGAGAGUGAGAGGCAGAGACGGUACCUACUCCAGGUCACUGUAAAGUCAACUGUUGAUGUAACAAGGGCUUUACAAACCAUUUGAUUGAUUGAUUUGAUUGACAGAUUGGAGGCUGACCUGGUAGAGAGUGCCCAUCUCAGUGAGCGUGAGGCUCGUAUCCGCAUGGAGCUGCAUGCCCUACAGGGGGCGCUGCAGAGAGAACAGCUGGACAGGGAGAGGGCAGAAGAGGAAGCUGCUGAUGUUAAGAAUGCUCUAAGCAAGGUACAGCUAUCAUCUCUGACCUCUAACCUCUUGAGUCUUAGAUUGGAUCUGACACAUGCUCGUUGUAUUUGUCUGCCUUUGUUUACAUGAUCGUGAUCGCUCACCCGUUAAAGCCUGCAAACUACAUGCAUCGUUUCAUAUUGAAAAUAGAGUAUUAUGUUGUAGGGUGUCCAGUCAAACACGCAUCUUUUGACCAAUGGGUAAAAUAAGGUGUUAAUUGUGUAGAUACUCCUCCAAGAAAACCAAUGGACCAAACCUCAUGUCUCUAUCCGUUCAAAGUUACUAGAGUUUAUUCCCAUAUAGGAUGACUAGAAUUAGUGUGAGUAAACCAAUGGAGGACAGAGAAAAAAAGUGGGCAAAAAUUAAGAAAAUAGCAUGGCGUCAGCUGGGCUGGAUGCUGGGAGAGAAUGGCUAACUGACAGGAAACUAGCAUGGCGUCAGCUGGGCUGGAUGCUGGGAGAGAAUGGCUAACUGACAGAAACUAGCAUGCGUCAGCUGGGAUGGAUGCUGGGAGAGAAUGGCUAACUGACAGGAAAACUAGCAUGGCGUCAGCUGGGCUGGGAUGCUGGGAGAGAAUGGCUAACUGACAGGAAACUAGCAUGGCGUCCAGCUGGGCUGGAUGCUGGUGAGAGAAGGCUAACUGACAGGAAACUAGCAUGGCGUCAGCUGGGCUGGAUGCUGGGAGAGAAUGGCUAACUGACAGGAAACUAGCAUGGCGUCAGCUGGGCUGGGAUGCUGGGAGAGAUAAGGCUAACUGACAGGAAACUAGCAUGGCGUCAGCUGGGCUGGAUGCUGGGAGAGAAUGGCUAACUGACAGGAAACUAGCAUGGCGUCAGCUGGGCUGGAUGCUGGGAGAGAAUGGCUAACUGACAGGAAACUAGCAUGGCGUCAGCUGGGCUGGAUGCUGGGAGAGAAUGGCUAACUGACAGGAAACUAGCAUGGCGUCAGCUGGGCUGGAUGCUGGGAGAGAAUGGCUAACUGACAGGAAACUAGCAUGGCGUCAGCUGGGCUGGAUGCUGGGAGAGAAUGGCUAAACUGACAUGAAACUAGCAUGGCGUCAGCUGGGCUGGAUGCUGGGAGAGAAUGGCUAACUUGACAGGAAACUAGCAUGGCGUCAGCUGGGCUGGAUGCUGGGAGAGAAUGGCUAAACUGACAGGAAACUAGCAUGGCGUCAGCUGGGCUGGAUGCUGGGAGAGAAUGGCUAACUGACAGGAAACUAGCAUGGCGUCAGCUGGGCUGGAUGCUGGGAGAGAAUGGCUAACUGACAGGAAACUAGCAUGGCGUCAGCUGGGCUGGAUGCUGGGAGAGAAUGGCUAACUGACAGGCUCCAGGCUCAUCCAGGCUCACCGCUGAACUCCUCAUGUUUCUACUCAAACCCAAAGGACAUAAAAUGUAGAGCUAAGACAGAUAUCGAUUUUGAGACAUGACAUGUAGUAUUUUCAUAUUUUAGUAUACACCUUUCAUAUUAAUGCGUCAUUCCUGAUUGUUUUCGAAGAUUUCUCACAAAUAUAAGCGUAUCUCUGAAAUGUCAAUGUAGCUCAAGAGUGUACCCCAAGCUUUUUAUUUCAAAGCCUUUUCUAUUUAAUCCAGCUUCUGUCAUGCUAAUUUAGCUUUUUGCGACCCGCGGAAACAACUUUGCAGACGACGACCACAACAUCUAAAAUCAUCAAAAGUUACUGUCAGCAGAGCUUAUUAUCGGAUGUAAUAGGUUACGAAAUCCGACUUUUUGGAUAUAAUGUGAAUGAUGUUCGAGAAAGACCCCACUGAACGAUUCAGAACAUGAAGAAUCAUAUUUGUCUUGGUAAAAUGUGUUUUAUUACAUAAGGAACUGAAAUGUUUUCUCCCACUCUGGGCAGAGUGGCGGGCCACCCUAUAAUAUUACAUUUACAUUUACAUUUUAGUCAUUUAGCAGACGCUCUUAUCCAGAGCGACUUACAGUUAGUGAGUGCAUACAUUACAUUUUUUAUACUGGCCCCCCAUGGGAAUCGAACCCACAACCCUGGCGUUGCAAACGCCAUGCUCUACCAACUGAGCUACGUCCCUGCCGGCCAUUCCCUCCCCUACCCUGGACGACGCUGGGCCAAUUGUGCGCCGCCCAUGAGUCUCCCGGUCGUGGCCGGCUACGACAGAGCCUGGAUUCGAACCAGGAUCUCUAGUGGCACAGCUAGCACUGCGAUGCAAAUCCCCUUUGAUGCUAACGCUUGCUUCUACUGCACAUGCUAGCUUUCAUGCUGUUCUGUUCUGUCUCUUUGUCAUGGCGUUGUUUCUUCAGCACAAAUGAUGAAGGUGAAGACUAGAGCAGAAGAGCAGCUCUCAUCUUCUUCCCUCAGGACCCCUGUGGAAAUGUUGCCUUUCCCACUGGUAGUCUUGCUACUCACAUCCCUCCUUCCUCUCCUCCUUCCUCUCCUCCUUCCUCUCUCCUCCAUCUCUCGCCUCUCUCUCCCCUCGGUCUCCUCCCUCAUUCCUCCCUUUGCUUCCCUCCAGGCCCGUGAGUCAGUCUUAACCCUGUCAUCCGGUCAGACCCUUCUGAAGAGAGAAGUGUCAGAGCACCGUGAUGCCCUAGAGAAGAUGGCUGCCUUAAACGAAGCCCUAGCCAAGGACAAGAGAGAGCUCAACGCCCAGGCUAUACAGGUAUACAUUAACCCUAACACCCAGGCUAUACAGGUAUACAUUAACCCCAACACCCAGGCUAUACAGGUAUACAUUAACCCUAACACCCAGGCUAUACAGGUAUACAUUAACCCCUAAACCCAGGCUAUACAGUUACAUAACCCACGCACCCAGUAAAGUCAAAUAAUUAACCCUACCCCGCUAUACAGUAUACAUUAACCCCAACACCCAGGCUCAAGGAUGACAUUAACCCCACACCCAGGCUAUACAGGGAUCAUAACCCCAACACCAGGCUAUCAAGGUAUCAUAACCCUAACACCCAGUGCUUUGUGCACUUUCAACACGAUGUUGAACAUUUCUAAAUGUCCCAUCUUGUCACUGUCCCAACUCUUGUCCACUGUCCAACUUUGUCCACUGUUCCCAUCUUGUCCACUGACCCACUCUUGUCCACUGUCCCACUCUUGUCCACUGUCCCACUCUUGUCCACUGCCCCACUCUUGUCCACUGUCCACUCUUGUCCACUGUCCCACUCUUGUCCACUGUCCCACUCUUGUCCACUGUCCCACUCUUGUCCACUGCCCCACUCUUGUCCACUGUCCCACUCUUGUCCACUGUCCCACUCUUGUCCACUGUCCCACUCUUGUCCACUGUCCCACUCUUGUCCACUGCCCUGUCAAAUGUUCAAAAUAAAUAAAUACCCUGCUAAAUAUGCUGCUAAGCUGUCUCAGACAACUACUCUAGACCCAGAGAGAAUGACCUGUUCUUCUCCCCCACAAGCUUGAGAUGGAGAUGGCUGACCUCCAGGGCCAGCUACAGGGACUGGAGUCAAAGGUCAUGACCCUUCGUAGGGAGCUGAAGACCCAGUCCAAUGAGAGCACAGAGUUAAGGUAGGACAUUAUGUGACUUCAUCAAAAGUAGACAGACCUUUCUUAAAUCCAUUACAACUGUUCCAAAUAAUGUUAAUGACAUCUGUUUUGAAGACUAAAUGCGAACAUUAAUUUGCCUCAGCGCCUGUCUGCGAGGGCUGGUUGGUGAUCGUGAUAGUUCCAUCAGUAUUCUCAGAGCUCUGGCUGUGUGUGACAAUCAAUCAACAUCUUAUCAAUCAAUGUAUUUGUCCAGGACUCGUAGAGGAUCAGAGCUGAGCUCCCUGCAGCAGCUGAGGCACAGAGAGAGGGACCUGGAGAGUGAGGUGGAGACCCUACGAGAGGAGAAGGAGAGAGAAAUCACCGCUCUGGUGGAGGAGAGAGGGAUGGAUGGAAAACGACUGGAAGAGGUGAAGGAGAACAGGAGAGUGGCAUUGAGUCUUUUUAUUUUAUCUGUGGGGUUUGUGUUGCUUCUAUUCAGUUGAUUCUUUUUGCGUAUUGUUCUUGACGUGUGUGUUCCAGCUGUCUGUGCAGCACAGUGCAGUGUGUGGGGAGUUGAGCGGUCUACAGGCAGAGCUGUGCAAAGCGACAGAGCAGCGGAGGAGGGCAGAGAGAGAGAGUGAAGAACUACUAAGAGAGAGCCAGGAUGUGGCGGGGACUGUCCUCUCACUGGAGAGAGAGAGAGACCAGCUGGAGCAGGACAUAGAGGAACUCAGGUCAAUAUACUCUUCAUGCUUUACAAACGUAUAAAAGUAAAGGUUAAAAGCAGAAAAUGUGAUUUAAGAAAACAGAUUUGCCUGCACACUGCCUUAAACGGAUAGUUCAGCCAAAUGACUAAAGAACUCAAUGGUUUCCUGACCCUGUCAGCAGUCUAUGGAAAAGGUUUGACAGCAAUCCAUGCUUUGGUUUAGUUUCCUUGGCAGUGGCUAGUAGUGUUUCCAAAGCUGGCACAAAUCCCAUUCAAGUAAUGAGACCGAUAUUUCCAGUGAUUUUAAACAUCACAUCCAUACACCAUACUAGAAUAGACCUACAAAUACUGAACUGUUAAAUAAAAUGGGAUCACUGUAGGUUAUCCAUUUUUUCCAUUGUAUGGCUAGAGAUAAUGCAAUGAUGCCUAUAUUAAUUUAUAUGAAAAUACUUAUACAACUUCUGUUGCAUUCACCUUUUACUUAUUUGCAUAUUAGGAUGUUUUGGACAUGAUGUGCGAAAAAUGCUAAUAUUGGUCCCAUGACUCAAAUGGGAUUUGUGCCACGAAUGCUAAAAUGUUAGCAUUAGGAAACAGUGACAGGGAAACUAAACCAACACAUUAAUUUCUGUCGUACCUUGUCCAUAGACUGCUUACAGCACGUGUCAAACUCAUUCCGCGGAGGGGCCGAGUGGCUUGCUGGUGUUUACACCGGAGGGCCGAGGGCUUGAUGGGUUACACGGAGGGCCGAGUGGCUGCUGGUUUACACGGAGGGCCGAGUGGCUGCUGGUUUACACGGAGGGCCGAGUGGCUGCUGGUUUACACGGAGGGCCGAGUGGCUGCUGGUUUACGCUCCUCCCUUGUACUUGAUGGAUGAAUUAAGGUCACUAGUUCGUCAGGGAAAUCCCCUCACCAUGCCCCUUGUUUCUAGGUCUUAGUAAUGGAACUCCCUUCACCUGGUUGUCUAGGAUCUUAGUGAGGAACUCCCCUAUCACCUGGUGUCUAGGUUAGUAAGAAUCCCCUAACCUGGUUUCUAGGUUUAGUAAAAAAUCCCCCCCCCUGGGUCUAGGCUUAGUAAGGAAAACCCCCCACCCGGUUUUCAGGUUUAGUAAAGGGAAAUCCCCCACCCCGGUUUCUGGUUUAUUUAAAAGGAAAUCCCCUCACCCCCCGGUUUUCAGGGGCUUAUAAGGAACUCCCCCCCCCUGGUUGUUAGGUCUUAGUAAGGGAACUCCCCUACCGGUUGUCUAGGGUUUAGUAGGGAAUCCCUCACCUGGUUUUUCUAGGGCCCAGUAAGGAACUCCCCCCCCUGGUGUCUGGUCUUAGUAAGGAACUCCCCCCCUGGUUGUUAGGUUUAGCAAGGACUCCCCCCACCUGGUUGUCUAGGGCAUAGGGGAACUCCCUCACCUGGUUGUCUAGGGGCUUAUAAAGGAAAUCCCAUACCCUGGGGUCGGUCUUGUAAGGAACCCCCCUCACCUUUUGUCUAGUCUUAGAAGGAACUCCCCUCACCUGGUUGUCAGGUCUUAGAAGGAACUCCCCCCCCUGGUUGUUUUGUCUUGUGAGGGAAUCCCUCACCCCGGUUGCUAGGGCCCUUUGGAGGAACUCCCCCCCACCUGGGUUUCUAGGUCUUAUAAGGGAAAAACCCCCUCACCUGGUUUUCUAGGGCUUGCAGGAAAAUCCCCUCACCGGUUGUCUUCUUAGUAAGGAAUCCCCUACCUGUUUUCUGGCUUAGUAAAGGGAAAUCCCCCCCCUGGGUUUUUCUAGGGCUUAGUAAGGAACUCCCCUCACCGGUUGUCAGGUUUAGUAAGGAACCUCCCCUCACCUGGUUGUCAGGUUUUAGUGAGGACUCCCCCCACCUGGUUUUUAGGGCUUUGUAAGGAACUCCCCCUAUGGUUGUCUAGGUCUUUCAAAGGAAACCCCCUCACCUGGUUUUCUGGGCUUAGUAAGGAACUCCCCCCCCCUGGUUUCAGGUUUAGAAGGAAUCCCCUCACCUGGGUUGUUAGGGGCUUAAAAGGAAUCCCCCCCCGGUUGUCUAGGGCUUGUAGGAAAAAUCCCUUUACCUGGUUUUUCUAGGGUUUGUAAGGAAAAUCCCCCCCCGGGUUUUCAGGGUUUGAGGAAAUCCCCCCACCGGUUGUCUAGGUCUUAGUAAAGGAACCCCUCACCCCUGGUUGUCUAGGCUAGUAAAGGGAAAUCCCCCCACCUGGUUGUCUAGGGCUUAGUGAGGAACUCCCCUCACCGGUUUCUAGGGCUUGUAAGGAACUCCCCCCCCAAACCCGGUUUUUCUAGGUCUUUUGGGAACCCCCCCACCUGGUUUGUCGGUCUUAGUGAGGAACUCCCCUCACCUGGUUUUUCUAGGUUUGUGAGGAAACCCCCUCACCUGGUUGUCUAGGGGCUUAGUAAGGGGAACCCCCCCCCCGGGGGUUUUUAGGUCUUUAAGGGAAAUCCCCUACCUGGUGUUAGGUCUUUUGAAAAGGGAACCCCUCACCUGGGUUUUCUAGGUUUAGUAAGGGGCUCCCCUCACCUGGUUGUCCCAGUCUUAGGGGGGAACUCCCCCCACUGGUUGUUUGUCUAGUAAGGGAAAUCCCCUCACCUGGUUGUUAGGUUUAGCAAGGAAACCCCCCCACCUGGUUGUCGGUCUUAGUGAGGGGGCUCCCCCCCUUGUUGUCUAGGUCUUAGAAGGAAAUCCCCCAAAUGGUUUCUAGGUUUUUGUGAGGAACCCCCUCACCUGGUUGUUAGGGGUUGUAAGGACUCCCCUACCGGUUUGUUAGGGCUUAGUGAGGAAAUCCCCCCCUGUUUUUAGGUCUUGUAAGGAACUCCCCCCACCCUGGUUUUUCUAGGGCUUAGCAAAAGGGCUCCCCUCACCUGGUUGUCUAGGGCUUGUAAGGAACUCCCCUCACCUGGUGUCUAAAGGUUAGUAAAGGAACUCCCUCACCUGGUUGUCUAGGGCUUAGUAAAAGGAACUCCCCUCACCUGGUUGUCUAGGUCUUACAAGGCUCCCCUCACCUGGUUUUAGGCUUAGCAAGGAAAAUCCCCCCCACCUGGUUGCUAGGUCUUAGCGAGGACUCCCCUCACCGGUUGUCUAGGGGCUUUGUGAGGAAACCCCCCAACUGGUUUUUAAGGUCUUAGAAGGAACUCCCCUCACCUGGUUUUUAGGUCUUUGGGGAACUCCCCCACCCGGGUCUAGUCUUAGUGAGGAACCCCCCACCUGGGGGUUUUUUGGUCUUAUAAAAAACCCCCUCACCUGGUUGUUAGGGUUUUGCAAGGAACUCCCCCCACCUGGUUGUCUAGUCUUAUGGGAAACCCCCUCACCGGUUGUUUGGUUUGUAAGGAAACUCCCCCCAGGUUGUCAAAGGGCUUAAUGGACUCCCCUCACCUGGUUGUCUAGGCUUAGUAAAGGAACCCCCCCACCCCGGUUUUCUAGGGCUUUGAGGAACUCCCUUUCCGGUUGUCUAGGGCUUAGAAGGGAAAUCCCUCCCUGGUUUUAGGUCUUAGUGAGGGAAAUCCCCCUCACCUGGUUUUCUAGGGCUUAUUUAGGAACUCCCCCUCACCUGGUUGUCUGGUCUUAUGAGGAACUCCCCCUCACCGGGUUGUCUAGUUUUAGUAAGGAACUCCCCCCCCUGGUUUUAGGUCUUUUAGGAACUCCCCUCACCUGGGUUUUCUAGGUUUUUACAAAGGAACUCCCCCCACCUGGGGGGGCUAGGUCUUUGUAAAGGGCUCCCCCCACCUGGUUGUUAGGUCUUAGUGGGAAACCCCCCCCCUGGUUGUCUAGGUCUAUAAGGAAAAUCCCCUCCCUGGUUGUCAUUUUAGUAGGGAACCCCCUACCUGGGUUUUCUAGGCUUUUGUAAGGAACCCCCUCCCUGGUUGUCUGUCUUAGUGAGGGAAAUCUCCUCACCUGGUUGUCUAGGGCUUGUAGGAAAACCCCCCCAAAACCCGGUUGUUAGGGCUUUGUGGGAAUCCCCUCACCUGGUUGCCCGGGCUUAGUAAGAAAAAACCCCCCCCCGGUUGUCUAGGUCCCCAUAAAGGGCUCCCCCACCUGGUUGUCUAGUCUUAGUAAGGACCCCCCCACGGGGUUUUCUAGGUCUUUGUAAGGAACUCCCCCCCCGGUUUCUAGGUCUUAGUAAGGAACUAAAAGAACAUAGGUGGUAUUAGCAUUGUAGUGGUAGUAGUAUCGUAGUGGUAUUAGUGUUGUAGUGGUGGUAGUAUCGUAGGGUUUCGUUUUAGUGGUAGUAUACAUGGGUAUUUGCGUUGUAUGUGAUAGUAGAAUGGUAUGCGUUAUAGUGGGGUAUUAGCGUUGAGUGGUAUUUUAAACGUAGUGGUAUUACAUUGGUGGAGUAGUUGUAUGGGAUUUACUUGUAGUGGUAGUAGUUCAUAGGGUUUAAAGGGUUUUAGGGUUAGUAAAGUAGUGGUAUUGCGUUGUAUGGUAGAGUACGUAGUGGUUUACGUUGGAUGGUGGGGUAAAACGUUUGUGGUUUAGCGUUUUUUUUGGGGGGUGUAAUGUAUGGUUUUCGUUUAGUGGAGUAGUAUCGAUGGUAUUAGCAGUAGUGGUGGUAUUGCGUGUGUGGUAUAGUAUCGUAGUGGUAUUAGCGUUGUAGUGGUGGUAGUAUCGUAGUGGGAUUAGCGUUGUAAAAUGGUGGGUUUAGGUUGUAGUGAGUAGUAUCGAUGGGAUUAGCGUUUUUAUGGGGGUAGUAUUAGUGGUUUAGCAUUGUAGUGGGAGUAUAUGUAGUGGGGAUUGCAUUGAGGGUGGUGUAUGUAUGGUAUUAGGGGUUGUGUGGUAGUAGUUUCGUAGUGUAUUAGCUUGUGUGGUAUAGUUCGGUGGGAUUACGUUGAUGGUAGGAUCGAAGUGGUAUUAGCGUUGAGUGGUGUAGUUUGUGUGGUAUUUGCGUUGUGUGGAUAGAUUUGGGUUUGGGGAAGGGAGGGAAAAGAUGAUGGGGGGGUUUAUGGGAAGAUCGUGUGGAAGGGAUGGAGAGAUUAUGGGGAAUUCGUGUUUGUGGUGGUUUUUGGGGGAAGGUUGGGUGGGAAAGGGGAGGGUGGUUUUGGGUAUUAUAAAAAGUAAGGGGUUAGGGGGGGGGUUUUUGGGGGUUUUGGGGAGGGUAUUUUAAAGGAAAAGAGAGGGGGGGUACGAGGGUGGGGGGGGGGGUGUAUCUGUGGAUUUAAAAAGGGUGGUAUAUUGUGGUAUUGGGAAAGGGGAGGGGAAAUUAAAGGUGGAGGGGAGCGAUGGUAAUUUUUUUGGGGGUUUUCGUAUGGUUUAGGUUGUAUUUGGUAUUACUAGUGGGGUUUUCGUGUAGGGGGUAGUAGGGGAUUCGGGAUGGUAUUUGUUUUUUGGGGGUUUUAGGGGAUAUCGUAUUGGGAUUAGGUUGUUUUGUGGUAGUAGAUCGUAGUGGGAUAAUUUAUGGGUAUUGGUUGUAUUGGUUGUACAGUGGUAUUAGCUUUUGUGGUAAUAGUACGUAUGGGAUUUGCGUUAGUGGUGUAAUCAUAGUGGUAUUAGCGUUGUAUGGAGUAGGGGUAUCGAUGGUUUUAGCUUUUGUGGGGAGUAGUAUCGUAGUGGUAUUAGGUUUUGUAGGGGUAGUAGUUGUAGUGGUAUUAGUUUGUGGUUGUAUUGUGUGGGUUUUGCGUUUUAGUGGUGGUAGUUGUAGUGGAUUAGGGGUUGGGGAUUGGUUGUAGUUGGGGAGUAAUGUAAGCGUUUUUAUGGGGUAUAUAGAGUGGGAUUAGGUUUAGUGGGGAGUAGUAUCAAAUGGUAUUAGGUUUUUAGUGGUUGUAUCUUUGGAUUUUGCGUUGUAGGGUGUAGUUUAUGGGAUUGCUUGUAGUGGGGAGUGUUGUAUUGGGGAUUAAGGGUUUUAUGGAUAUAUCCUAGUGGGGAUUAGCAUUUUGUAUUGUGGGAUUAGCGUUUUUGUGGGGGAGUAAAUAAACUAUGGUAUUUAAAACUUGGUGUGGUAUUCGUUUUGGGGAGUGGUAUUGGUAGCGUUGUAGUGGAUUAUUAUUAUUUGUUGUAUUUUAUUAGCGUUGUAGUGGUAGUAGUAUCAUAGUGGUAUUAGCGUUGUAGUGGUGGUAUUAGCGUUGUAGUGGUAGUAGGAUCUAUGGUAUUUUGCUUGUGUGGUAUAAUUGUAGUGGAUUCGUUGUGGUUUUCCCCUGUUGUAGGUUUUAUUUGUUAGGAUCCUAAGGUGUAAAAAAACCCCCUUAAAGGGAAAGCGGUAUGGUGGGGGGAGAGGGCCGUACGUUUAGGGGAAUUCUAGGGGAUUAGGGUGGUAAUGUGUUAAGUAAACAAAAAUUCCUUUUGGGGGAGUAAAAAAUCAGGGUAUUAGCGGGUAUGUAAUAAUGGUUUUUAACAAAUUUUAAUUUAUCGUAUUUGGGGGUUAGCCCUAAAUUAAAGAAACCAAAAGGUAUUACUUGUUGGUUCAUUUUUAAAAGUUAUGAAUAAAUUCUGUUGUUAGGUGUAUUUGUUUUUGUUAGGGAGGGUUUAAAUUUCUGAGGGGAGGAUAAGGGGUACCGGGAGGGGGAGGAGCGGAGUGGGGGAGGGGACAAAGGGGGAUUGGCGGUGUGGGGGUUUUCUUUAAGGUGGGGUGCAAGGGAACGGAAAAAGGGGAAGGAGAGAAAGGGGGGGAAAAUGGCAAAAAGAGGGUUGGGGGAAGUCCCGGAUGGGGCCGGGAAAAGGUUAAAUGAACAGAGGUGGUUGGAGGGAGAGAAAAGGGAUGAUUUGUUAAAAGGGGGGCGAUGAGAAUAACCUGGAAAAAAAACCCCCCACCAGGAGGGGACAUGAAGGAGGAAGAAUAGAGAAAAGGGGGGAAAAUGGCAAGGAGAACCCGAGUUGGGGGAGCCCCAAAAAAAAGAGAAAAAAAGGGGGGUGACAAAACAAGGGGAAAGAAUAAGGGGGAGCCCGGGGAAAGGGUGGCCCCGGGGAGGAGGAGGGGGAGGGGAGGAGGAGAGGGAGACAGAAGGGGGGAAGGAGAAACAGAGGGGGGGAGGAAAGGAGGGAGAGAGAAAAGGAGGGGAAAAAGGGAAAAAAAAGAGCUGAGUAAGGUUGAAAAAAGAAAAAAGAGGAAAAAAAUAAAAGGGAAAAGAGAAAAGGGGGGGGGGAAUUUUUUUAAAAAAAAAAGAAGAGGUUGGGGGGAGUGGGGAGUGGGGCCUUUAAAAAAGAAAAUUUGGGGGCAGAGCACGGGGGGGGAGGGGUUUUUGGGGUAGGGAAAGAAGGGCAGAAAAAAGAAGGGAAAAAAACCCCAAAGCCACCAAGAAAAGAGGGGGGGGGGGGGGGGGGGGGGGAGAGGUGGCAAAAAAAACUUCUGAGAAAAAAGUGGGGGGGGGGAGGAAAAAAAAAAGCUUAAAGCCAUGGUCAUUCUUCUGGAGGAAGGAGUUAAAGGACAUUGAGAUAUUAAAGGGAACCUUCUGGCUUUAGAAGAGGCCAACACAAAACUCAGGGACAGGGAGAUUGAGGAAGAGGAGAAGAGAGAAAAGAGAGAGGCAGAAGAGAGGGAGAGAGGGAGAGACUGAAAGGAGAGCUGGCACAGAAAGACGUCGAGGUACAGGAUCUCCGGACAGGAUGGAGGGAUUAGAGAAGGAGAAGGAGGAGAGAGAUGCAGAGCUGGAGAGACUAACCUCAGAACACAAGAGCCACCAACACAGAGAGAGAGAACUGAAGGAGGAGGGAGAGAUGGAGGGAGAGAUCAGAGGAGGAAGAGAUGGGAGAGGAGCAGAGAGGGGGAGAAUGGAGGAAGAGCAGAGGGGAGAAGAGAAGACAAGAGAAAUGAGGAGACAGGAAGAGAAUGGAGGAAGAGCAAGAGGGGGAAGGAGGAAGAGCAGAGGGAGAAGAGAGGGGAGAGCAGAGGAGGAAGAUGGAGGAGAGAGCAAGGAGAGAGAUGGAGGGAGAGAAAGGAAGAAGGAGAGAGAUGGAGGGAGAGAGAGGAAGAAGGAGAGAGAUGGCAUGGAGAGAGAGAAGGAUGAGGAGAUGAGGGAAAGCAGAGGGAAGAAUGGCGGAGAACAGAGGAGGGAGAUGGAGGGAGAGCGGGGGAGAGAGAUGGAGGGAGAAGCAGAGAGGGAGAGAGAAAAUGAGAGACUGAUCGAGGCCCUGAAAAAGAGAAGAUGCCAGUGAACAACUAAAGGCUGUUAAAAGAGAGGGUGAGAAGGUAGCGGAACAACUGAAAAAGAAGGAGGUAGAGGGAAGGAAGAGAUUAGAGGAGAUAGAGGAGCUGAAAACUAGAAUGAUCUCACUGGAGGAAGACAGAGGCUAUCUGGAGAGGGACAGGGAUGAAAUGAGUCAGAGGUUUAAAGAAAGACAGAAGAAAGAGAGUGAACAACUGAACGCCACAAGAAGAGAGAUGGAGAAGGUGGCAGAACUUCUGAGAAAGAGUGAGGAGGAGAGUACAGAGCUGAAAGCCAUUGUCAUCUCUCUGGAGGAAGAGUUAAAGGACAUUGAGAUAUUAAAGGGAAACCUUCUGGCUUUAGAAGAGGCCAACACCAAACUCAGGGACAGGGAGAUGGAGGAAGAGGAGAAGAGAGGAAAGAGAGAGGCAGAAGAGCAGGGAGAGAGAGGAGAGACUGAAAGGAGAGCUGGCACAGAAAGACGUCGAGGUACAGGAUCUCCGGAGCAGGAUGGAGGGAUUAGAGAAGGAGAAGGAGGAGAGAGAUGCAGAGCUGGAGAGACUAACCUCAGAACACAAGAGCCACCAACACAGAGAGAGAGAACUGAAGGAGGAGGGGAGAGAUGGAGGGAGAGAGCAGAGGAGGGGGAGAGAUGGAGGGAGAGAGCAGAGGAAGAGAGAUGGAGGGAGAGAGCAGAGGAGGGGGAGAGAUGGAGGGAGAGAGCAGAGGGAGAGAGAUGGAGGGAGAGAGCAGAGGAGGGGGAGAGAUGGAGGGAGAGAGCAGAGGGAGAGAGAUGGAGGGAGAGAGCAGAGGAGGGAGAGAGAGAAAAUGAGAGACUGAGUCAGAGGCUCACUGAAAAAGAGAAGAAUGCCAGUGAACAACUAAAGGCUGUUAAAAGAGAGGGUGAGAAGGUAGCGGAACAACUGAAAAAGAAGGAGGUAGAGGGAAGGAAGAGAUUAGAGGAGAUAGAGGAGCUGAAAACUAGAAUGAUCUCACUGGAGGAAGACAGAGACUAUCUGGAGGCAGAACUGAAGAAAACGGAACUAUUGGAGAAAAAAAUGGUUGGCGUGGAGAGAGAGAACUCACAGCUGAGAGAGAGGGAGAGAGUGAAAUACCAGGAGGAGAGUCUGAGAAAGAGGUGGAGGGAGUCUGAGGGAAGGGAGAGAGAGGAGAGACUGAGAGAAAAGCUGGAGCAAAGCGAAGGAGAGGUUGAGGUCCUGAGAGUGAAGUUGAUUGUCUUAGAAGAAGACAGGGAUUGGGGGAAGAGAGAGCAACAGAAACUAGAGGGGAAGAUGAGGGAAAGAGAAGUGGAGCUAGAGAAACUGUGGGGGACACUGAGAGAAAAGGAGGAGGAGAGACUGAGGGAGGAGGAAGAGGCAGGGGCUAGGUUACAGCAGAGAGAGGAAGAGUUGAGGAAUCUGAAAGACAGAAUGCACCAGUCAGAGCUCUCAGAGAAACAUAUCUCAGACCUACUGACAGAGACUGAGUCUUUACUAGAGACAGAGAGGAGUCAGGGCAGAGAGAGGGCCAAGGAGGAGAGGGAGAGAGAGCGAGAACGGGCACAGGAAACAGAGGAGAACAAUGAAAGACUGGAAGAUGAGGUGAAGAAAUGGAAAGAAAGAGUGGAGGAACGGAUAAGAGAAGUAGGAAGGCUCUCACAGCUCCUGGAGGAGAGAGAGGAGGAGGUGGAGGACUUUAGGGUGAGAGCGGUAGAGAGAGAGAGACAGAAGGAGGAGCUGAAAAGGAGUGAGGAGGAGAGGGAGAGACAGGAGGUCGUGUUGAGGAGGAACCAGGAGGAAAGGGAAUGGUUGGGUGCCCAGCUGAGAGAGGAGCAGGCGGAGAGAGAGAGACUGAGGUCCAGACUAGAGGAGGUGCAGAGACAACGCCUCCUGCAGGAGGAGAGAGGAGGUCGCGUGGAGAGGCUGGGGGCUCAGGUUAAUGCCCUGGAGGAGGAGAGAGACCGCCUCCUAGCUGAGAUCAGGAAGAAGGAGAGAGAAGCUGGGAGCCUGAAGGACGAGACUCACAGAGAGAGGAGAGAGAAGGAGAGGAAUGGUGCCUCACUGAGGAGGAUGGAGGAGGAGUUGAAGGAGAGCAGGGAGGCGCUGGCCCUCAGUCUGGCCACCCUGAAGGAGCAGGAGAGAAGCAGGAAGGAGGUGCAGGAGAAGGAGGAGGACAACCAGAAGAUGAGAGAGGGGCUGAAGACAGCCAUGCAGGAGAUGGCUACCCUGAACCAGCUGCUGGAGGAGAGCCACAUCGAGGGGGAGAGGCUAAGGAGCCUCCUGCAGGAGAGGAAAGAGGAGGUGGUGAGGAGCAGGGAGGAGAGCCUGCGUGCCGCCCGGGGAGAGGUGGAGGAGCUGCGAGGGAGGACCAGGGCUGUGGAGCAGGAGAAGAGGGAGGUGGAGAGGAAGCUCAGAGCCAGAGAGGAGGAGCUGGAGGAGGCAGUGAGAGAGAAGGAGAGGAGACAGAAGGAGGUGGAAGAGGUGUUGGGAGAGAAGGAGGCUGAGCUGACCACCGCAAGGGCCAGACUGGAUGUCUUGGAGGAACAGAGGACAGAGCUCAGCUGUCUGGCUGCCGAGAAAAGUCAGGAAGUUACACAGCUGAGAGAGAGGAUCAGAGAGGUGGAGGGAGAGAGAGAAGAGAAGAAGAGAGAGAUUGAGAGGCUUCAGCGGAAGAUCGAGACGUUGAGACAGGAAGUGGAGGAUAGGAGGGAGAGCCUGAGGCGUGUAGAGUUAGUCACAGACAUGCUGAGAGAGAAGGAGACAGAGCUGGAGAGGCUGAGAGAGAAGGAGACUGAGCUGGAGAGGCUGAGAGAGAAAGAGAAACUGGAGGAGAGGAAGAGCGACUCAGAGGACGUGAAACUACAGAUAAAGAGUAUGGAGAAAGAAGAGACAGAUGGACAGAGGCGACUGAGAGAGCCUGGGGAACAAAGGGAGACGACAGACCAGAAGAGAGGAGAAGGAAGUCAGGAGGGUCCAGGAAAAGAGGUCUGGCUUCAGGAGGAGGUAGUUACUCUGAGGAAGAGAUUGUCAUCCCUGCUCCUGGAGAGAGAGGAGAGCCAGGAGAGCCUUAGACUGUUGAGACAGAGAGAAGAGGAGAGCCAGGAGAGCCUUAGACUGUUGAGACAGAGAGAAGAGGAGAGCCAGGAUAGCCUUAGACUGUUGAGACAGAGAGAAGAGGAGAGUCUUAGACUGUUGAGACAGAGAGAGACGGAGCUUUACACCCUGAGAGAGAGAGUAGAGGAACUAGGUAAGGACAGAGACCGUGUCACAGCUGCCCUGGAGAAGACUGAGGCUGCCAUGAUUGGCUACCGGGACAGAGCCCACCAACAGGAGCAGAGCAGGGGGGCGGGCUCUGAGGUUAGUACACCUCCUCUCUAUGGCUGCGCCCCAAUUGGUCCCUAUGGGCUCUGGUCAGAAGUAGUGCACUACAUAGAGAAUAGGGUGCCUGAUCCCCUAUAUAGGGCACUACCUGACACCUGAUCCCCUAUAUAGUGCACUACUUUUGACCGGGGCCCAUGUCUUGUAUUAACAUGUCAGCUGUAAUAACUCCCCAAGAGACAUUAUAACUCCCCAGAGCGUUAACCCCCAGAGACUUAUAACUCCCAGAGCGUAUAACUCCCCAAGAGACAUUAUAACUCCCCAAGAGACAUUAUAACUCCCCAAGAGACCUUAUAACUCCCCAAGAGACGUAUAAACUCCCCAAGAGACAUUAUAACUCCCCAAGAGACAUUAUAACUCCCCAAGAGACAUUAUAACUCCCCAAGAGACAUUAUAACUCCCCAAGAGACAUUAUAACUCCCCAAGAGACAUUAUAACUCCCCAAGAGACAUUAUAACUCCCCAAGAGACAUUAUAACUCCCCAAGAGACAUAUAACUCCCCAAGAGACUUAUAACUCCCCAAGAGACUUAUAACUCCCAAGAGACAUUAUAACUCCCCAAGAGACAUUAUAACUCCCCAAGAGACUUUAUAACUCCCCAAGAGACCUUAUAACUCCCCAAGAGACCUUAUAACUCCCCAAGAGACCUUAUAACUCCCCAAGAGACAUUAUAACUCCCCAAGAGACCUUAUAACUCCCCAAGAGACUUAUAACUCCCCAAGAGACCUUAUAACUCCCCAAGAGACAUUAUAACAUUAUUAUCCUGACUAACUUACCCUCUAAAUACACCUCCGCUGUCUUCAACCAGGAUCUCAGCGAUCACUGCCUUACUGCCUGCGUCCGUAACGGGUCCACGGUCAAACGACCGCCCCCCCACCCCGCUUCUCCUUCAUACAAAUUCAGACAGCUGAUGUUCUGAAAGAGCUGCAAAAUCUGGACCCCUACAAAUCAGCUGGGCUAGACAAUCUGGACCCUUUCUUUCUAAAACUAGCCGCCGAACUUGUUGCAACCCCUAUUACUAGCCUGUUCAACCUCUCUUUCGUAUCAUCGGAGAUCACCAGAGAUUGGAAAGCUGCCGCGGUCAUCCCCCUCUUCAAAGGGGGUGACACUCUAGAUCCAAACUGUUACAGACCUAUAUCCAUCCUGCCCUGCCUUUCAAAAGUUUUUGAAAGCCAAGUUAACAAACAGAUCACCAACCAUUUCGAAUCCCACCGUACCUUCUCCGCUAUGCAAUCCGGUUUCCGAGCUGGUCAUGGGUGCACCUCAGCCACGCUCAAGAUCCUAAACGAUAUUAUAACCGCGAUCGAUAAUAGACAGUACUGUGCAGCCGUCUUCAUCUACCAGGCCAAGGCUUUCGACUCUGUCAACCACCGCAUUCUUAUUGGCAGACUAAAUAGCCUUGGUUUCUCAAAUGACUGCCUCGCCUGGUUCACCAACUACUUCUCAGAUAGAGUUCAGUGUGUCAAAUCGGAGGGCCUGUUGUCUGGACCUCUGGCCGUCUCGGCUUCCUAUUUCGCAACGAAGCCUCCUUCACUCAUGCUGCCAAACAAUGCCCUCGUAAAACUGACUAUCCUACCGAUCCUUGACUUCGGCGAUGUCAUUUACAAAAUAGCCUCCAACACUCUACUCAGCAGAUUGGAUGUAGUCUAUCACAGUGCCAUCCGUUUUUGUCACCAAAGCCCCAUAUACUACCCACCACUGUGACCUGUACGCUCUCGUUGGCUGGCCCUCACUACAUAUUCGUCGCCAAACCCACUGGCUCCAGGUCAUCUAUAAAUCACUGCUAGGCAAAUCCCCGUCUUAUCUUAGCUCAUUAGUCACCAUAGCAGCACCCACCCAUAGUAUGCGCUCCAGCAGGUACAGUGGGGAGAACAAGUAUUUGAUCCACUGCCGAUUUUGCAGGUUUUCCUACUUACAAAGCAUGUAGAGGUCUGUCAUUUUUAUCAUAGGUACACUUCAACUGUGAGAGACGGAAUCUAAAACAAAAAUCCAGAAAAUCACAUUGUCUGAUUUUUAAGUAAUUAAUUUGCAUUUUAUUGCAUGACAUAAGUAUUUGAUCACCUACCAACCUGUAAGAAUUCCGGCUCUCACAGACCUGUUAGUUUUUCUUUAAGAAGCCCUCCUGUUCUCCACUCAUUACCUGUAUUAACUGCACCUGUUUGAACUCGUUACCUGUAUAAAAGACACCUGUCCACACACUCAAUCAAACAGACUCCAACCUCUCCACAAUGGCCAAGACCAGAGAGCUAUGUAAGGACAUCAGGGAUAAAAUUGUAGACCUGCACAAGGCUGGGAUGGGCUACAGGACAAUAGGCAAGCAGCUUGGUGAGAAGGCAACAACUGUUGGCGCAAUUAUUAGAAAAUGGAAGAAGUUCAAGAUGACGGUCAAUCACCCUCGGUCUGGGGCUCCAUGCAAGAUCUUGCCUCGUGGGGCAUCAAUGAUCAUGAGGAAGGUGAGGGAUCAGCCCAGAACUACACGGCAGGACCUGGUCAAUGACCUGAAGAGAGCUGGGACCACAGUCUCAAAGAAAACCAUUAGUAACACACUACGCCGUCAUGGAUUAAAAUCCUGCAGCGCACGCAAGGUCCCCCUGCUCAAGCCAGCGCAUGUCCAGGCCCGUCUGAAGUUUGCCAAUGACCAUCUGGAUGAUCCAGAGGAGGAAUGGGAGAAGGUCAUGUGGUCUGAUGAGACAAAAAUAGAGCUUUUUGGUCUAAACUCCACUCGCCAUGUUUGGAGGAAGAAGAAGGAUGAGUACAACCGCAAGAACACCAUCCCAACCGUGAAUCAUGGAGGUGGAAACAUCAUUCUCUGGGGAUGCUUUUCUGCAAAGGGGACAGGAUGACUGCACCGGAUUGAGGGGAGGAUGGAUGGGGCCAUGUAUCGCGAGAUCUUGGCCAACAACCUCCUUCCCUCAGUAAGAGCAUUGAAGAUGGGUCGUGGCUGGGUCUUCCAGCAUGACAACGACCCGAAACACACAGCCAGGGCAACUAAGGAGUGGCUCCGUAAGAAGCAUCUCAAGGUCCUGGAGUGGCCUAGCCAGUCUCCAGACCUGAACCCAAUAGAAAAUCUUUGGAGGGAGCUGAAAGUCCGUAUUGCCCAGCGACAGCCCCGAAACCUGAAGAAUCUGGAGAAGGUCUGUAUGGAGGAGUGGGCCAAAAUCCCUGCUGCAGUGUGUGCAAACCUGGUCAAGACCUACAGGAAACGUAUGAUCUCUGUAAUUGCAAACAAAGGUUUCUGUACCAAAUAUUAAGUUCUGCUUUUCUGAUGUAUCAAAUACUUAUGUCAUGCAAUAAAAUGCAAAUUAAUUACUUAAAAAUCAUACGAUGUGAUUUUCUGGAUUUUUGUCUUAGAUUCCGUCUCUCACAGUUGAAGUGUACCUAUGAUAAAAAUUACAGACCUCUACAUGCUUUGUAAGUAGGAAAACGGCAGUGUAUCAAAUACUUCUUCUCCCCACUGUAUAUCUCACUGGUCAUCCCCAAAGCCAACACCUCCUUUGGCCGCCAUUCCUUCCAGUUCUCUGCUGCCAAUGACUGAAACGAACUGCAAAAAUCUCUGAAGCUGGAGACUCUUAUCUCCCUCACUAACUUUAACCAUCAGUUGUCAGAGCACCUUACCGAUCACUGCACCUGUACACAGCCCAUCUGUAAUUAGCCCACCCAACUACCUCAUCCCCAUAUUGUUAUUUAUUUUGCUCAUUUGCACCCCAGUAUCUCUAUUUGCACAUCAUCUCUUGCACAUCUAGCAUUUCAGUGUUAAUACUAAAUUAUAAUUAUUUUGCACUAUGGCCUAUUUAUUGCCUUACCUCCAUAACUUGCAACAUUUGCACACACUGUAUAUAUAUUUUCUGUUGUAUUUUUGACUUUAUGUUUUGUUUUACCCCAUAUGUAACUCUGUGUUGUUUUUAUCGCACUGCUUUGCUUUAUCUUGGCCAGGUCGCAGUUGUAAAUGAGAACUUGUUCUCAACUGGCCUACCUGGUUAAAUAAAGGUGAAAUAAAAAAAUAACUCCCCAAGAGACAUUAUAACUCCCCAAGAGACAUUAUAACUCCCCAAGAGACAUUUAGCAGUUUUCCAGUUGUGAGCAGCGAUUGAGUGUCUGUCUGGUGAGUCUGACCUGUCUGCCCAUACUGGAGACAGUAGUGCUGUACAAUUCAGUACACGACCCUGGUGUUAAGGAGUGUCUGUCUGUCCUGCAGAGGGCCGUGGCCCAGAUAGAGAUAGACCCUGUGAUCCAGGAACGUCUGUCUGUCCUGCAGAGGGCCGUGGCCCAGCUAGAGAUAACCAACAGACGGAUACAGAGGAGGAACACACAACUGGAACAACGCACUGACAGACUAAAGACUGAGAGGAAGCACCUUAGAGAGAUGCUAACACAGGUAUUGUACUGUACCUCCUCAUUUCUACCGUAUUUACCUGCAGAACUAAAGGCUAAAUCAAUCCUCAAUUGAUCUGAUUUCGGAUCCCGAAUAGAAAGGAGGUGCCCUCACACUUGCCCGUUUUAUAGUCCCAGACUUGGAGAAUUCAGACCAGUAACCUUACUAUAUAGAAUGAUACUUCUGAUGUGGUUUGUUUUCAAGGUGGAGAGAGGAUCAUCACAUAAUCAGUUGUCCUCCAGCAGCCCCAGAGACAGAGCUCAGGUUGGUCAUCAGCCAUCAGCCAUCAGCCAUCAGCCAUCUACUAACUGCUCUAGUGAUGUCAUGUCAUUAGCAGUUACAACUCAAUGUCCCGCUACAGUGCAGUUGGACUGCACCCAAUAACCGAUCUACAAAUCACUUUGCAUCCCAAAUAACUUCAGUAAUUAUGUGAUUGGCAAAUCUGCACGGAGGCUUACUCAGGAUAAUCCCCUGUAAUGUGCUGAAUAUAGACAGAGCAUUCAUUUCCUUUCUCUUCUGCACGGCAGGAGUCCAGGGGCUUGGUUGGUCUUGAAACAGAGGAGUUGGAACACUUAAGGACCAAGGUGAAGGAACUAGAGGAUCAGGUAGGUCACCACGGCUGUGUCCCAAAUGGUACCCUGUUCCCUUAGGCGCUUAAACACAGCAGUGUUCUAGAGUAUUGGACCGUUGCUUUCGUAGUUUUGGAAUUCUCAGCGCGCCUCAAGCAAUUUCUCCAACCGUCUCCACAUUCAAAAGAAUAGAGCCCGUGUACACAGAGGUUGUGUAUUUUGGGGAGGUGCACGGUCGGUGGUCUCAGAGAUACACUACCAGUCAAAAGUAUGGACACCUACUCAUUCAAGGGUUUUUCUUUAUUUUUACUAUUUUCUACAUUGUAGAAUAAUAGUGAAGACAUCAAAACUAUGACAUAACACAUAUGGAAUCAUGUAGUAACCAAAAAAGUGUUAAACAAAUCAAAAUAUAUUUUAUAUUUGAGAUUCUUCAAAUAGCCACCCUUUGCCUUGAUGACAGCUUUGCACACUCUUGGCAUUCUCUCAAACAGCUUCAUGAGGUAGUCACCUGGAAUGCAUUUCAAUUAACAGGUGUGCCUUCUUAAAAGUUAAUUUGUGGAAGUUCUUUCCUUCUCAAUGCGUUUGAGCCAAUCAGUUGUGUUGUGACAAGGUAGGGGUGGUAUACAGAAGAUAGCCCUAUUUGGUAAAAGACCAAGUCCAUAUUAUGGCAAGAACAGCUCAAAUAAGCAAAGAGAAACAACAGUACAUCAUUACUUUAAGACAUGAAGGUCAGUCAAUUCGGAAAAUGUCAAGAACUUUGAAGGUUUCUUCAAGUGCAGUCGCAAAAACCAUCAAGCGCUAUGAUGAAACUGGCUCUCAUGAGGACCGCCACAGGAAUGGAAGACCCAGAGUUACCUCCGCUACAGAGGAUAAGUUCAUUAGAGUUACCAGACUCAGAAAUUGCAGCCCAAAUAAAUGCUUCACAGAGUUCAAGUAACAGACACAUUUCAACAUCAACUGUUCAGAGGAGACUGUGUGAAUCAAGGCCUUCAUGGUCGAAUUGCUGCAAAGAAACCACUACUAAAGGACACCAAUAAGAAGAAGUGACUUGCUUGGGCCAAGAAACACGAGCAAUGGACAUUGGACCAGUGGAAAUGUGUCCUUUGGUCUGGAGUCCAAAUGUGAGAUUUUUGGUUCCAGCCGGCGUGUAUUUGUGAGAUGCGGUGUGGGUGAACGGAUGAUCUCCGCAUGUGUAGCUCCCACCGUAAAGCAUGGAGGAAGAGGUGUUAUGGUGUGGGGGAGCUUUGCUGGUGACACUGUCUGUGAUUUAUUUAGAAUUCAAGGCAAACUUAACCAGCGUGGCUACCACAUCAUUCUGCAGCGAUACGCCAUUCCAUCUGGUUUGGGCUUAGUGGGACUCAUUUGUUUUUCAACAGGACAAUGACCCAACAAAUCAAAUCAAAUUGUAUUUGUCACAUACGCGUGUUCAGCAGAUGUUAUUGUGGGUGUAGCGAAAUGCUUGUGCUUCUAGCUCCGACAGUGCAGUAAUAUCUAACAAGUAAUAUCUAACAAUUUCACAACAUAUCCCCAAUACACACAAAUCUAGUAAGGAAUGGAAUUUAAGAAUAUAUACAUAUAUGGACAAGCAAUGACAGAGCGGCAUGGACUAAGAUACAGUAGAAUAUUAUAGAAUAGAAUGCAGUAUAUACAUAUGAGAUGAGUAGUGCAAGAUAUGUAAACAUUAUUAAAGUGACUAGUGUUCCAUCUCUUAAAGUGGCCAGUGAUUUCAAUAGGCAGCAGCAGCCUCUAAUGUGCUAGUGAUGGCUAUUUAACAGUCUGAUGGCCUUGAGAUAGAAGCUGUUUUUCAUUCUCUCGGUCCCAGCUUUGAUGUGGUCCUCUGUAGCUCAGCUGGUAGAGCACGGCGCUUGUAACGCUAAGGUAGUGGGUUCGAUCCCCGGGACCACCCAUACACAAAAAACUAAUAAUGUAUGCACGCAUGACUGUAAGUCGCUUUGGAUAAAAGCGUCUGCUAAAUGGCAUAUUAUUAUAUUAUUAUGCACCUGUACUGACCUCGCCUUCUGGAUGAUAGCGGGGUGAACAGGCAGUGGCUCGGGUGGUUGAUGUCCUUGAUGAUCUUUUUGGCCUUCCUGUGACAUCGGGUGCACUAGGUUUCUUGGAGGGCGGGUAGUUUGCCCCCGGUAAUGCGUUCGGCAGACCGCACCACCCUCUGGAGAGCCCUGCGGUUGCGGGUGGUGCAGUUGCCAUACCAGGCAGUGAUACAGCCCGACAGGAUUCUCUCAAUUGUGCAUCUGUAAAAGUUAGUGAGGGUUUUAGGUGCCAAGACAAAUUUCUUCAGCCUCCCGAGGUUGAAGAGGCUCUGUUGUGCCUUCUUCACCACACUGUCUGCGUGGAUGGACCAUUUCAGUUUGUCAGUGAUGUGUACGCCAAGGAACUUGAAGCUUUCCACCUUCUCCACUGCUGUCCCGUCGAUGUGGAUAGGGGUGUGCACCCUCUGCUGUUUCCUGAAGUCCACGAUCAUCUCCUUUGUUUUGUUGACGUUGAGUGAAAGGUUAUUUUCCUGGCACCACACUCCCAGAGCCCUCACCUCCUCCCUGUAGGCGGUCUCGUCACCUCCAGGCUGUGUAAGGGCUAUUUUACCAAGAAGUAGAGUGAUGGAGUGCUGCAUCAGAUGACCUGGCCUCCACAAUCCCCUGACCUCAACCCAAUUGAGAUGGUUUGGGAUGAGUCGGACCGCAGUGUGAAGGAAAAGCAGCUAACAAGUGCUCAGCAUAUGUGGGAACUCCUUCAAGACUGUUGGAAAAGUAUUCCAGGUGAAGCUGGUUGAGAGAAUGCCAAGAGUGUGCAAAGCUGUCAUCAAGGCAAAGGGUGGCUAUUUGAAGAAUCUCAAAUCAUGAUUCCAUAUGUGUUAUUUCAUAGUUGUGAUGUCUUCACUAUUAUUCUCCAAUGUAGAAAAUAGUAAAAAAUAUAGAAAAACCCUGGAAUGAGUAGGUGUGUCCAAACGUUUGACUGGUACUGUGUGUCCCAAUGGACCGCCAGACCAUUACAGCUCUGCAGCUUUGGACUCUGAAUCUUUAUAGAUCAGAACUACUGACCUUGAUAAAUUAUGAUUAAAUAGGCUUGACAAAUCAGAGUAUCUCUAUAUAUUGUAUUUCUAUCUAUAUUUCUCAAGCUUAUUUAAUCAUAAUCUAUCAAGGUGAUUGAACGAUAUAAAACCUUUAUUGUUAUAUUAAUAUUGAACCUUCCCUAACCUCGCAGGUACACUACCUACAGCUGACGCUAGUCCUCGACCACCGGGAGAGGAUGGAGUUCAUCCAACACUCCUCCAGGAACAACCAAUGGCUGGUGUCUCUUCGCCAAGACUUGACUGAUUCGCUGGUGUUGGUCUCGCAGCAGCCAAUCCCCUCUGUGCUGGAGUCUGAGACGCACCGCUUGGAUAGGAGUGCCAGAGAGGAGGAGCUGAGAUUGUCU